CCGAGCCCAGCGUCAGGAAAGAACCAUGAACUUAUAGUCAAUCCCUAGCUAGUUCAUCGAACUGUCCACUCCCCUCACGACCGAGCUACGCCGCCCCGUCCAUGGCGAACUGCGCCGACGCCGCAUCGUCGUCCGCGUAGAAGCUCCCCUGUCCAGCCACCGGGCCCUCCUCCGGAAAGCCGCAACACCACGCGAACUCCUUCCCUCCACUGACCAGGCUGGGAGGACGCCACGCCUGCCUAAUUUCCAGCGAACCACCUGCUCCGCAUCGAUCCUCUCCGGCUCCCCUCGAUCUGAUCUACAUCGCCCCUCCAGUUCAGCGGCUGACGAAUCGAUCUACUCCGGUCCUCACUGCAAACUACGCGCCCCCUUCCGUCGCUUGCCUGUGCACCAUCUCUUCUUUCCUGCUUCAGGCAAGAUCGCUCCAAGUGUGCUGACGUGCCAUGGCUGCUGAUGGUGAAACUUCGGUACAAGAAUACUUUAAAUCUCGUGGGCUUGGCAAACUCUCACACACAUCAUCACUAGACGAUGUUGCACAAAACAGAGGUGGAUCUCGAAAUUUCGCUUGCACCAAAGAGUACAUUGGAAAGACAUUUGGGCCUGAACAAGCAACAACCAUGAACACUUACAAGUGCAUGAAAGUAGGAGCUAAGAAGUAUAAAGAGAAUGGUAGCAACACCUCCAUCGAGAACCUGAAGGCUAAAAAGCGCCUUGAUGACUACGAGAAGGGUCUUAAAAGUGCAUAUCCAGAAGAUUGGCAGGAGCGUGAUCUUGAUCCCGCUGUACUGUACUCCACCGGUGGUGGCAUGCCUCAUGGACGGUUUCUGAUAGGUGAUGGCGCAUUCAGGAAGUCAGAAGUUGUUGCUGCUGCUAAAAGAAGCAACAUAAAGCCAGCAAACUCCAUGUCGUAUCAAGAUUUGUUGAGGAGAAACACAUUAUUGGAAAAGAAAAAUAAGAAUUAUGCUAAACAUAUGAGAGUUUUUUAUACCAAUGCUGGACUUCCUGUCCCGGAAGACCUUCAAGAUGACUCGAUGGAAGAUGGUGUGCAUGUGAAUCAAUCUUCACCAUCUACAGAAAAUGGCGGCACUCAAGUGAUGGCAUCGUCUCGUGCCGCAGAGCAAAGUGAUACGACCCCAUCAGGCCAGCUUCAUACAACUCAUGCAAGGGAGGAGUCACCUUUCUUGGAUGAAUAAUAAGCAUUAAUAUAGCAGUUACACAUGUAGCUACCAUGUUGGAAUUUGACUUUCUUUUGUGAGUAGUUGUGAACCUGAAUGUUUCUAUAUUUGCUUCUUCUCUAUGUUGCCAAAAACAAGUGGCUGUUAUGGAUAUAGUACGUGUCAUUAUGGAAUACUGUGUGAUAUUUUGUUCAAUGAGAAAAAUGUAUUGAAUGUGAUUUGUGAA